AUGUCACCCCGCAUGAAGAGAGAUCCAGGCGAGCAGCCAGGUAGCAAAGACAUGCCUGCAAAAGGCACCAAUCUCAUGCACAACUUGUGGCUUUCCCUUUCAGAUUCAGAUCAGAGUAGCAGCCCGAGGACGGGGAUCGGGUCAGACCAAGAGGACAGCAAACCCAUCAUCACCUUGGAUGCAACAGAUUUCCAAGAAAAUUUUGUUACGUCAGGCGUCUUCAGCGUCACAGAGCUUAUCCAAGUCUCUCGAACGCCAGUGGUGACGGGCACGGGGCCAAAUUUCUCCUUGGGGGAGUUACAAGGACACCUGGCUUAUGACCUCAACCCCUCCAGCACAGGGAUGAGACGGACACUUCCGAGCACCUCCUCCAGUGGGAGUAAACGGCACAAGUCGGGUUCCAUGGAGGAUGACUUGGAUACGAGUCCCGGUGGUGAAUAUUACACUUCUCCCAGCUCACCGACAAGUAGCAGCCGCAACUGGACAGAAGACAUGGAAGGGGGCAUCUCCCCGACUAUCAAAAAGGACAUGGACAAGUCUCCAUUCAACAGCCCGUCACCGCAGGAUUCAUCACCCCGGCUGACCAGCUUCACUCAGCAUCACCGGCCUGUCAUUGCCGUUCACAGUGGUAUCGCCCGAAGCCCCCACCCUUCCUCCGCUCUGCACUUCCCCACCACCUCGAUCCUGCCCCAGACGGCUUCCACCUACUUCCCCCACACAGCCAUAAGGUACCCGCCUCAUCUGAAUCCGCAGGAUCCUCUGAAAGACCUCGUCUCGUUGGCCUGUGACCCGUCCAACCAACAGCCAGGACCGAUUUUUUUUUCAUCUCAAAAUGGCGUCCUUUCCAGAAUAGGCGCCACCAACAUUCCUGCAGUUUUUACCCCGCCCUUCCUUCAAAGAUCUCAGGGCGCCAUGCAUGGGCCUCCUCUCCCCUUUUUAUCUUCACGACAACCCUGCGAGUUAAAUGGAAGUGGCCAAGUGAAGGUGCCCGGGCACUAUCUUCCCACACAGAUGUUGGCGCCACCACCCCCUGGUAUGCCCCGCCUGGCAAUCUCACCUGAUACCAAAUCCACCACGACAACUUCCGAGGGAGGGACCUCUUCGCCGACAUCACCCACCUACUCCGCCCCAGGCACACCCCCUGCGAACCGCUUCGUGGGAUUAGGACCACGGGAUCCUGGCAGCAUCUAUCAGGCCCAGUCCUGGUAUUUAGGGUAGUUGCCGCUUGCUGGAUCUUCACCUUCCUUUCCUCCUGUGCUAUGGGCUUUCUUCGAGGAGAGUGAUGCAGCCCCCCCACCCCUCCCCCACCCCUUCAGCGCAAACUUUGGUGGCAACGCAAAGAGAGCCAGAGAAACUCAACGAUAACAUUGCGAGAGACUACAGAAGGACGUGAAGCAAGGUGGAAAGGUUCAGACUUUUUGAAAAAGUUACAAACCACCUCUCCCUGCCAGCACCCCGCCCCCCCAACUGAACAGACCUCUCGGAUGGGGCUUCUAGCCAGAAACACUAUGCGCCUAUCAAUG